UGAUUACUACGACUCCCAGAAUGCAAUGUGCGGGUGCGCCUGCGUACAACGCUCAGCAAGUUCCUUUUCUCCGCCCCCUUUCAUGACUUCAUCAGGAGGCGGAGUUUAGUGUCUCCAUUUUUUUCCAGCUGCUUUUGCCCUAGGUAUGGCGACUCCUCGCCCUCUGACUCCAGAGGCACCCUUUGAACCAUCUCAGCCCCCAGUCAUUGAGGGUUUUAGCCCCAGUGUCUAUGGCAAUCCGGAAAGCUUCAAGGAAAAGUUCCUUCGCAAAACUCGCGAGAACCCAAUGGUACCCUUAGGCUGCCUGGGCACGGCCGCCGCCCUUACCUACGGCCUCUACUGCUUCCACCGGGGUCAGAGCCACCGCUCCCAGCUCAUGAUGCGCACCCGGAUCGCCGCCCAGGGCUUCACCGUUGCAGCCAUCUUGAUGGGUCUGGCAGUGUCCGCUCUGAAGUCUAAACCCUGAGCCCGAGGCCGGGCCUUGAAGGCUCCGCGGAGAUCGUCCCCAGUCCCAGGAGCAACCACCGGUCCUGCCAACGGACUUAUUCCCGCCUCUCCCCUGACAAGCCCCUGUGUCAGUGGGGGAAGAAGUGGCCAACUGAGUAACAGAUUUUUUUCUGGAAUCUCUGGUUCGGUUCCCUUUGGGUGUUGCAUACUUCUGUUUCCGCCACACUUUCUCCACUCCCUACAUAAUAAACUCUAAUCCACUUAUA